AUGCGUUAUUUUAUAUUUUAUCCACCAAGUAAAACAUUAAGAUUAAUUGAUGUUAAUGAAAAUGAUCGUGCUGAAGAUAUUCUUGAAUUAAUGAAAAAAGAAUAUGGUCUUCAGUAUCAUGAUCGUGGUUCAUCUGAAACAACAAUUGUUCUUACUUAUAAUGGUAGUGAUCUUAAACCAAAAUGGACAUUUGGUGACUUAAAUAUUCCGUCAGGAUCAAUUAUUCGUUGUAUAUCAAAACAACAAACAGCAGCUGAUCUUUAUAUUCAUUGUGGAUUUAAUAAACAAAUAUUUAAAUUAUUUGAUUCAUCAAUUACAAAUGAAACAACAAUUGGUACAAUACGAAAAAAAAUUUCAGAUAAAUUAGGUUUACCUUUAAGUACAUUUUGUCUUGAAACAUAUGAUGGUAAACAACGUUUAUAUGAUGAAAUGAAAUUAUUCAAUUAUGAUAUUAAAGUUCAUGAUCAUAUUUAUUUAAAAGUAUGGCAAGGAUAUGAAAAAUUUGUAAAUUCUUGUGUCAAAGGUUUUACAGAACAUUAUUCUCAUGAUGAUCUCAUUCGACAUUAUCAAACACAAGUAGCAUUACAUAUUGCUGCUUUUUAUGGUCAUACGGAUUUGGCUAGAUCUGUUAUGGAACAAGGUGCACGAAGUGAUCGUCCUGUAGGUGAACAUCCAUCUCGUCAAUGGUCAUCUGAAAUUAGUACUAAAAUUUUACCUGAAAUGCUUAAAUGUCCUAUUCAUAUAGCUAUUGAACGGGGACAUAUUAAAAUGGUUGAUCUCUUUGUUCGACAAUCAAUUUUAUGCACACAAGUACGAGAUCCUAUAAUGAAUCAUUUACCUUAUCAAUUAGUUAAUUCUUAUUUAUUAUCAGCAAAAACUAAAGAAGAAAAGCAACGUUAUAGUGAAAUUUAUUUCUAUUUAAAAGAUAAACAAUUUAAUUUAAAAAUACCAUUAAAUGCUACUGGUGAAUAUGUUACAAAUUUAUUAUCAUCUACAACUACUGCUAAUACAGUUCAUCAUAUGUCAAUGUUUCUUAGAUUUGUUUCAUUACCAAUUUAUUGUAAAAUUAUAAGUUGGUAUGAACGAGCACGUGAACGAGCAUGGAAAAAAUACGGUGGACGUUUUUAUACAACAACGCAAACAAAACGUAUUUAUCCUGAAACAGGUUUACUUGGUUAUAAAGUAUUAAUUGAUGGUUAUAAUAAUAAAUUUGAAGUACCAAUAGAACAACUUCGAGGUGCACGUUCAAGUAAUUCAUCAAAAUCGGAUCAAAUGAUUCGUUAUGCUGGUUUUAGUGAUGAAGAAAGAGCAAAAAUAAUUCGAAUGAAAGCACACAUAAAACAAUUUGCAUUAGAUGAACGACGACGUGCUAAACAAAUAGCUGCUGUAAAUCUUCAACAAUCACGUCGACCACCACUAUUAUUAUCUCAAAUGUCAACAGAUUUAAACAAACAUGCAAUAAUAGAAGGCAUUUCAUCAUUAUCAGAAUUUUCUAGUAGUCAAGUUUUAUCAUGUAUUUCAGGAUUAGAUAUAAAACCGAUUGUAGAAACAGAUAAUUCAUCAAUUACUAGUUUAUUACAAUCGACAUUAGUUAAUCCUAUUCGAUCAGAAAGUAAAUUAAAUAAAGAAUUUAUUGAUUUUAUAUUUAACCAAUUAUUUUAUUUAGCUUCUCAUGAAUCAAAAGACAAACCUAAACGAACAUCAAAAAUUCAUCAACUAACAUCACGUAUGUCAGUUGUUAAUGAAGAACAUAAACAUACAUUACCGAUUAUCAAUUCGUCAACAACAAAUUCAAUCUCAACAAAUAAAUUAGAUAGAGUUGUUAAUGCUAAUAAACAAGUUUUUCAACCAAAAAUGUCAUCAGUUGAUGCUUAUUUAGCAUCAUCAUCUCAUCUUGAUUUAGAAAUUGAGCAAAAUAAAACAACUAAAGUAUGUGAAUUAUUUACCCAAAAUGAACAAUUAAUGCAACAACAACAGCAAUCUAAAGAAUCAAUAGUAACUUCAACUAAUCCACUUAGUAGUUCACUUCCUGUUGAUCGUACUCAAAUGCUUGAUCUUGAUUCUUAUAUACCUUUACCAGAUCAUCCAAAUAAUACAUCGAUUGGUCCAAUAAAAUCUCGUCUUGAUCUUGAAAUUCGUCAAUCAACAAUUAAAUCCUAUGAACGUUACGCAAGUGCAUCAACACGAUCAACAGCUAUUGAUUGUUUACAAGAAGCUGCUUUUUUUAAAAAAAAACCAUGGAUUAAAAAAGUUGAAAUAAGUAAAGAAAUGGUUAAACAUAAAGUUCAACAACGUAUUCGUCGUGCUAAUAAUGAAAAAAAUAAAAAACCAAUAAUAUCACCACUUCGUACUACUGUUUCAAGAUCAUCACAUAAAUCAGAUACAGUUAAAGUUAAUUAA